AUGGUUCCCCAGUCUCUGAAUGUUCUAGAGAAAUUGGCGCCUCCUGGGCGUUCCAGAGGAAUUGUGGUGGUCUUUGAUAUUGGAAACCGUCGACAAAAGGGACCUUUGGGUUUCGUUUUUGCAGAAAAAGAAAUAUGGUUUGUUCACGAUGUGGAAGCCAUGGAACAAUAUUUGUUAGAGGCGUUGAACGUCGAAGAUAGAUGUACGGUUUUGGUCUGGUACCAUGACUACCAGUCGUUUUUUUACAUAAUGGGAUUUCUCAGUCGUUUCGAUGGACAGAAACAGCGUGACAAAACGAGCGUAUAUGCUCGAGAAGCAUAUGGCUAUUAUUUAUCAAAGAUAAAUGGAGGAAAGGCAAUUCCUGACCCUGAUCUUCCUCCCUACUUCUGUGACACCCCCUUGCCUUUUGAGCUCAUGGUUGCUUUGGAUCCUUCGAGUUUGCAUCGAGACCAUUUAUCGUCAUCAAGCAUAGGACUCUUGCAAAUACUCCGUACGAUAACCUAUCUUCAUGGGGGUCAAUUUGCCGUGAUCACAGGAUCGGCCAAAACAAAUAGCAACAAUGCUGGAAGUGUGCUUUCAAUUUUGGAAAAAUGUGGAUGUGAUGGAUUUUCAGAUCAUCGUCCUGAAGCUCAGGCAGUUUAUUCUCAUCUGGAGGACGUCAAUUUGCUCAUUCCCAAACUGUGGGAUACCCUUAAAAGUAUCCAGCUGAUUAUCCUUGCCAAAGUGGAAGACGGGGUCAGUCCAAAAAGCUACAUGAUCGAAUCGGAAGACGAUCACUUCCGAUUCAUCGAAACCUACAAGCACUAUCUAUCACAGCCGAACAACACAUCCCAAGAACUUUUGGAUCUCUUGGGUAUCUCUGCGCCGCCAAUUGAGUCCCCAAAGUCAGCCUACCUGGUUCAUGCUGCCCACGAACAACUCUUGAAUGAAAUACAACAUCAAACCACGAAUACCAUCAGUUGA